UGAUGCGUUUGCGCACGCGUCUCUAUUUGAAUUUUGCGGUGAGGUUGGAUAAGAUUGUAUAUGGUUUUUUUUAGGUCCUAGCUUAUAUUUCAAAUAAUUUGAUAUAAUUUGCGUGCGUGAUUUUCAUUGACGCAUUUAGCAGCAUGGAAAGAGAGACGAGAGAAACAUACUUGAAGUGUAUAAGGACCAUCAAAUCAAAAACUAUGACACUUUCCGAAUUUACCACAUGUAUUAUUACAUUACAAGAAGAAGCAACUACAAACGGGCUAGAUGAUGAUAUUUUAAGUCAGAUUGUAGAUGUUAUUAUAGAUGGAAGUAUAGACCUGGGUGCUACCAAACGGGUAUUGCUGAUAAAAUGUCUAAUUCCAAGGUACAAACUAUUUGAAGAAAUAGUGAAGCGUAUAAUCACCUGGUGUCUCUCUUCGUUAAAUCAUUUGCCAUUUACAGUUUGUGUAAUUGUCAUACAAUGGAUCAUAGGUGUAUGGGAUUGUGAAUUAGUAGACAGAAAAGUAAUCAACUCGUAUUAUGACGUCUUUUUCUAUGUUAUGCUCAAGAAACAGAAAUUGGAACGUCAUAUAGCACGUCUUAUCUAUGUGCUGACGAGACCGGAAGAUGUUUCUCGUAGAGACGUAACGAGAUUAUUAACACUUCAGAAAAAUUAUUCUAAACCACCGACACAUAUUAUUGCAUUACUUUCAUUAUUCAAGUCGUAUAAACCAGAAUUGGUGCCUGAAAAAAUACAGUCAGUAAAUAUAGAAAGUAUAUGGAAACCUAUACCUGAGUUCAUACGAUUAGCAUUAGAAGAUGCCAGAAAUCGCGCGGAAAUUCAACAAUCUCAUCAAAAUAAUCAAGCUCAUUUUAAUUGGAACGUAAUGCAGCCCACAAAGAAGAGGAAAAAAGUCCUACCAUCUGUUGGUUAUUUUCAUAUUGGUUCAAGUAUUUUUAAAGAUAAAUAUGCAAAGUCGAUUUUUGAUAUAAGCAGUAUAGAAGAGCUAGGGAAAUAUCAUCAGAAUAUUGAAUUACCUUGUAAUGCUGUUUCACUUUUGGCAAAUAUGGCUGGUUAUCAUCUUCUUACAUAUGCAGACUUUCAAUACCAAAGUAGAUUUUCAUAUAAUCUUUACAAUAUACUUACAAGAGCGUUUAUUCUGGAAAAUGGAAAGUUUUCUGAAGAGGAAAUGAAUAAAUUUUUAACUAUGACAGUCGAAUUUUCUCGAUAUAUGCAGGAAGGAAUACUUAUAGUUAAACUGUUCUUUGAUGAAUAUUUAUAUUAUAAUUCAGGAGAACAUCUGCUAAAGUUAUUUGAUUUGUUGCAAUGGAUGACUUCUAUAUCAGUAACUGAAUUACGGGAAAACAUUCUGAUACAUGUGCAGAACAUAUUUUAUGAAUCAAGUUUAGAUAUAAAAUGUGAAAUAAUUAGAUCUCUGCAGAAAUUAAUUACAAACUUGUUUGUAAGACAAGGACUUGAAGAACAAGGUCAAUACGCAUCAUCUUUUUUACGACAAGGUCCAUUAGAAGAUUUAGCAGAAAUUAUGCCUGUGAUUACAACGAUAUUAGAGAAUCUCAUUGUUGCUGGAUUGAACAUACAUAAUUAUAAUAUUAUAUUGUUAUCAGAAAUUUUGGCAUUUUAUGAAGAGAUCUGUAUAUUAGAAAGUCGUAGUAAUGUUUUAUCUUGGACAUUGCCGCCUCCGGCAGUCAUCUAUGGAGCAUUUAUCACAAAGAGUUGUGCUAUUUUGUCACGAGUUUGUAGAUUGUUACUAAGAUAUCGUGAAAUGAGUUCACAUUUAUAUCAGAUUAUGCCAUCAGACAUAUAUGAAGAAAAAGUUCGCAUUAUAUCCAUUUACGCAAAUGAUAUUCAUAAAGCAUUAUGGUAUGAUGAGCCUUUUAGUGACAGAAAGAAUGGUAUCCUUCUGAAAAAUUUUUCAAAAAAAGUGAUCGAUGAUUUAGGAGAUUGUGAUUUAGAUACUUUAUUGAACAUUAGCAAUCAUUAUGCCAUAUUAUCCUACAGAUACACAAUAAAUAAAUCAGGUCUAAAGAUAAAUACAAAAGAGGAUGCUAAGACUAUGGCUCUUUAUUAUUACCCUGCAGUAAGUGAAUUUCUUGCUGCAUUUCAUGAAGUAUCUGAAAACUAAAAAAGAAAGAAAACAUUCUCUAUAAUGUACACCUAUAAUAACGUCUAUAGUAAAUUAAGUAGCAAAAUAAAUAAAUAAAUAUAUAAAGAUUAAAAAAUAAAUUAUUAAGAUUGUAUAUAUUUCUUAAUAAGUAAUAUACCUUUUUACUUUUUACAAAUGAAAUUUUUGGAAGUAUUUUAAAUAAAAUUAAUUUUUAAUACAAUUUAUUUUGCUAGUUAUACAUAUCUAUAGUUAUGCUAGAUAUUUAAAUGGAAUAAAAGUUUAAAAUAAAUGGAUUAAUAAUAAUGAUACAUUCAAGAAGAAAGCGAUAAAAAAGAAGUCAUGUUGAAAAAAGACUAAAAUCUUCUCUAUAAAGAUAGAAAUCUAUAUAUAGGGAUUAUUCGUUGUAUAGCAUCGACCAAAUUUGUUAUUAAACUGUCAAUAUACUAUUAAUACGUGUUAAGAUAUCAUAGUUAUUUCUAUUAAUGUAUAUUGCUGUAAGAGAUAAUAAUGUGUAUUAGUCGAAUCUAAAUCGCGAAUAUUAAUAUUUUAGUAGAAACUAUUUAGGAAAUAUCUUUUAAUUAAUCUUGUACAUAAUAUUUGAUUAAUCAUAUUAAUUAAAUAAUAUUUUAAAAUUAUUUACGAAUGCUUAAUAUUGUUAGCAUAAUAUUAUAUUAUUUAAUAGUCAUAAUACAUUUAAAUUAAUUACUAUUUUUUGUUUGAUAAUAUACGUAUUUUUAUUUACAAUGUUGAAAACAAAUUUUCCUUAUUAAUGUAUCACUUAUUUCACAAAAGUUUAAUAAAAGAAA